ACUAUCUACUUUGACAUGUUCGUUCAUCCGACUCGUCGUUUCGUUUUUUCUAAGAACCAAAUUUUUAGCAAUGUCGUCCCAAUUGCGAACUGUUGGUGUCUUAUAAAUUCGCGCCAAUAUCAAGUUUGUGGGUUUCAAAACCCUAAACCCUCGAACUCAAUUCAUGCUCUGUGCUUCUUCUUAUCAGCGAUUCAAAUCAGUUUCCUUUUGUUUUCCUCCAUUAUCAAUCAAUUUCCACUCCCAAUUUUCCUCAAUCACUUAUGAUGAAGACCUUCCCGAUUUCUUCGAUCAUCUUCUUCGGCAAUGCAACGGCAUUCAGCAUAGCAAACAAGUUCAUUCCGCCACCGUUGUCACCGGUGCCUAUUGUUCAGCGUUCGUCUCCGCCCGGCUUGUGUCCAUCUAUUCCCGUUAUGGGCUUGUUUCUGAUGCCCGAAAAGUGUUUGGUUCUGCGCCAUUUGAAUGUUAUUCCAACUUCUUGUUAUGGAAUUCGAUUAUAAGAGCCAAUGUAUAUCAUGGGUAUUGCAUAGAAGCGCUUCAACUGUAUGGGAAAAUGAGAAAUUAUGGAGUUUUGGGGGAUGGGUUUACUUUUCCUCUGCUUUUGAGGGCUUCUUCUAAUUUGGGUGCUUUUAACAUGUGCAAAAAUCUACAUUGUCAUGUUGUGCAAUUUGGGUUCCAAAAUCAUUUGCAUGUGGGGAAUGAAUUGAUUGGGAUGUAUGCGAAGCUUGAACGAAUGGAUGACGCCAGGAAAGUGUUUGAUAAAAUGCGCAUCAAAAGUGUAGUUUCUUGGAACACUAUGGUUUCUGGUUAUGCCUAUAAUUACGAUGUUAAUGGUGCUUCUAGGAUGUUUCAUCAAAUGGAGUUGGAGGGGGUUGAGCCAAACCCAGUAACUUGGACUUCAUUGCUGUCGAGCCAUGCUCGGUGUGGUCAUCUUGAAGAAACUAUGGUAUUGUUUUGCAAGAUGAGGAUGAAAGGUGUUGGUCCCACUGCUGAAAUGCUUGCUGUGGUGUUAUCUGUUUGUGCUGAUUUAGCUACAUUGAACAGCGGUCAGAUGAUUCAUGGAUAUAUGGUCAAGGGAGGUUUCAAUGAUUACUUGUUUGCUAAGAAUGCACUUAUAACCUUAUAUGGAAAAGGAGGAGGGGUAGGAGAUGCAGAGAAGUUAUUUCAUGAGAUGAAAGUGAAAAAUCUUGUGAGUUGGAACGCUCUUAUAUCCUCCUUUGCUGAAUCUGGAGUAUAUGACAAAGCUUUGGAAUUGCUCUCUCAGCUGGAGAAAAUGGAAGCCUAUCCAGAGAUGAAACCAAAUGUUAUAACUUGGAGUGCAAUCAUUUGUGGAUUUGCUUCCAAGGGACUAGGAGAAGAAUCUUUGGAAGUUUUUCGUAAAAUGCAGCUUGCAAAUGUAAAGGCAAACUCAGUGACGAUAGCUAGUGUUUUAUCAAUUUGUGCUAUGCUAGCAGCUCUUAAUCUUGGUAGGGAAAUGCAUGGUCAUGUCAUUAGAGCUCGGAUGGAUGAUAACGUAUUGGUUGGAAAUGGAUUGAUUAACAUGUAUACAAAAUGUGGAAGUUUCAAGCCAGGAUUUAUGGUGUUUGAAAAACUUGAAAAUCGAGAUUCAAUCUCAUGGAAUUCAAUGAUUGCAGGAUAUGGAACGCAUGGACUUGGUAAAGAUGCUCUUGCAACUUUUAAUCAUAUGAUUAAAUCAGGAUAUAGACCAGAUGGUGUUACUUUUAUUGCUGCUCUGUCUGCCUGUAGUCAUGCCGGUCUUGUUGCCGAAGGCCAUUGGCUUUUUUCUCAGAUGCGACAGAACUUCAAGAUUGAACCUGAGAUAGAGCACUAUGCGUGCAUGGUCGAUCUUCUUGGUCGUGCUGGACUUGUGGAGGAAGCAAGUAACAUAAUCAAGGGCAUGCCAAUGGAACCCAACGCUUAUAUCUGGAGUUCUCUUCUCAACUCUUGCAGAAUGCACAAAGAUACAGAUCUUGCAGAAGAAGCUGCAGCGAAAAUUUCCAAUCUGAAUUCCAAGAUAACUGGAAGUCAUAUGUUGCUGUCGAAUAUUUUUGCUGCAAGCUGUAGAUGGGAGGAUUCUGCAAGGGUGAGGAUCUCAGCUAGGGCUAAGGGCUUAAAGAAAGUUCCGGGGUGGAGCUGGAUUGAGGUGAAGAAGAAGGUUUAUAUGUUCAAAGCAGGAUACACAAUUUCAGAAGGUUUAGAGAAAGUAGAUGAAAUUCUUCAUGAUUUGGCUUUUCAGAUAGAAAAUUAUGAAAUUGAUGACCCUAUUAUUGAAUUGAAUGUUUAAGAACAUAACUGAAUUCUUAUACCAAAAGACUCUUCAUGUGUGAAGCUCUUCGUUGUGGUUUAUCCCUGACCUGAUGUGAAGAUCAAAGAAAUAGAAGGGGGAAGGACCCGAUUAUAUAGAUUGAUAGAACAGAAAUGGUGGUCUUUUGUGAAUUUGGUCGGUGCAAAGAUUUACCAAUAAUGUUAAUAGCAUGUGAGUGGGAAAAUUAUCUGCA